AAAACGAGAAAAUAAUCGGGGGGAAAAACAGCAAAUUACCAUCUUGGAUUGAAUUAGGGUUUGUCUUUCUGCUGGAAACAAUUCCCGACAUUACACACGCUUCCUAAUUCUUAUUCAUCUUAUUUCAAGGCUUUAGGGUUUUAGGUGCGAAAAUCUAUAGCCAGUUAGAUCGUUUGGAAGCCUGAAACAAACGAUGCCUCCACGAAUCGUGAAGCGCGGAGCUGCGGCAUCUGGAUCUAAGAGGGGCGGUAGAGCCGCGCGAGGUACCAGCAAGUCCCAGAAUCAGCAUCCCGAAGCUGCCGAAGAGGUACUCAAGAUAGAGGAAGGGACAAUCAUCGAUGACAAGCCUGUUGUCCAGGAGAAGCUGGAGGUUGACAGCAAGCCGGUCGUUGAAGAAAAGCCUGCUGAUGAUGGUUCCAAAUCGGACGUUAAGAGCUUGUCGUCCUUGAAAAAAGGUGAAGAAGCGAAAGAGUCUGUUGAGGAUUAUGAAAAGGACGAACGGUUAGAGCUUGAUGAUAAUGAGCCUGAAUACGAACCUGAAGAAUAUGGUGGUGAAUACUACGAUGAUAAGGAAAUUGAUCAAGAUGAUGACCAAGGGGUUGGGGAGGAAGGAGAGGAAGAGCUAGAUGAAGAUAAUGGAGAGGAAGAGGAGGAUGAUCUGGUCGAGGAGGAGGAACUGGAGGAGGUUCCUGAAGAAGUUGAGGUUGAAGAGGAUGAUGAGCAUGCUGGUGAAGAACAUAUUGAGAUGGAUGCAACUGAAGAGGAUGAGCACCAUGAAGUUUUUAAGGAGAGGCGCAAGCGUAAGGAGUUUGAGGUCUUUGUUGGUGGUCUGGAUAAGGAUGCCACUGAAAGCGAUCUUCGGAAAGUUUUCGGUCGAGUUGGUGAGAUCACUGAAGUGCGACUGAUGAUGAAUCCCCAGACAAAGAAAAACAAAGGUUUUGCAUUCCUGCGGUUUUCUAGUGUUGAACAAGCCAAACGGGCUGUUAAUGAGUUGAAGAAUCCAGUGAUUAACGGGAAACAUUGUGGUGUUAGUCCUAGUAAAGACAGUGACACCCUUUUCUUGGGUAACAUCUGCAAGACAUGGACAAAAGAAGCUUUGAAACAGAAAUUGAAACAUUAUGGAGUUGAUAAUGUUGAGGACUUGACCCUGGUUGAAGAUAGUAACAGUGAAGGGACGAACCGAGGGUUUGCUUUUCUGGAAUUCUCAUGUCGGUCAGAGGCCAUGGAUGCCUUUAAGCGUCUGCAGAAGAGGGAUGUUUUAUUUGGAGUUGAUAGGCCAGCAAAAGUCUCUUUUGCUGAUUCCUUCAUUGACCCGGGGGAUGAAAUAAUGGCACAGGUCAAGACUGUAUUCAUUGAUGGUCUUCCUUCUUCAUGGGAUGAGGACUAUGUCCGGGAACUAUUAAAGGUGUAUGGAAAGAUUGGGAAGGUUGAACUUGCUAGAAACAUGCCAUCAGCCAAGCGGAAAGAUUUUGGUUUUGUCACCUUUGACAGUCACGAGGCUGCAGUAACCUGUGCUAAAAGUAUUAACAAUGAAGAUCUUGGGGAAGGAGAGAAUAAGGCUAAAGUUAGGGCUCGGUUGUCAAGGCCUCUUCAGAGGGGAAAAGGGAAACAUUCAAGCCGUAGAGAUGUUCGUCCUGGACACGGAACUGGUAGAGUUAGCAGCAGGGGUCCAUGGGUUCGGUCUGCACCACGUAGCCUUCCAUCCCGUUCGGUGAGAAUGACUGGAAAUCAUAUACCGCCACCCUCUGCCAAAAGGCAUGCUGGAUUGCGUGAACGCCGUGCCCCUGUGAUGUCUCAACCAGCAAGAAGCAGGCCUCUGGCUCGUCCCCCUCGGUCCUAUGAUAGAAGGGCACCUGUUCCAUCAUACCCGAAGAGUAGCUUGAAAAGGGAAUAUACUCGCCGUGAUGAAGUACCACCGCCAAGAAGCCGAGCUGCCAUUGAUUAUGGUUCCAGGGAUAUUCCGCAGAGACGUCAAUCCUACAGAGAUGAAUAUUCCUCACGAGGUUCUGGGUACCCUGAACUUCCUAGAAGUAGUUCUCGUGGAUCUGCCAGGAGAGCUUAUGUGGAUGAUGCCUAUGCUCAGAGAUUUGAGAGGCCCCCUCCAAGUUAUCGUGAAGGACGUGCUCGUGAUUAUGACUCUUUCUCUGGUUCAAAACGUCCUUAUUCUGUUAUGGAUGACAUUCCUCCACAUUAUGCUGAUUCUGGCCCUCGUCAUUCGAGGGCUCGUGUAGAAUAUGAACUCGGUCCUGCUUCUUCUCAAUAUGGGGAUGGCUAUGGUGAUAGUCGACUUGGCAGAUCGAACUUAGGAUAUGGGAGUGGCAGAAGUUCCAUGUCCAGUCAUGAUUCACAUGGGAUGUAUGGAGGGCGACAUGGUACAACUUAUGGAGGUUCUUAUGGGAGCAGUGAUGGUGGUGGACUGUACCCUUCGAAUUAUGGUGGUGAUUGCAUGUCCCGAGGGAGUGAUGUUGGAGGUAGUUCUUACUCAUCAAUGUACUCUAGUCGUGGGAUUGGCGGCAGCAGCAGCGGUUACAUGGGUUCUGGUGGUCAAGGAUCAUAUUACUAAUGUAAGUAUAAUCCUCUAGUUUACAGCAACAUGUGAUUGUUUGCACAAAAUGGAGGUGUUUUUUUUAUUGGGCAUUGUUUUCGGAUGGUUUUAGUGUCUCUUCGGUUCUUAAGGGGUGUAGUUGAAGAAAGCGGAAUGGAUGGUCACCACUUAAUUUAUGUAUGAUGAAAGAGGCUGUUCUAGGAUGUUGGCAAUUUGGAGAUUUAAGCUUUGACCUUUGAGGUUCGUACACUAUGGAGAAAGCAAGAUUGGGAAGCUUGGCCCCAGUAUCUUGCCACAGAAGUUAACGAGAAGUUGUUGUAAAGAAAAAAGGACUGAUUUGGCUCAUGUCCUGUGAUCUACACGUUGGAUACUUUAUAAAGUUUAUGGUGUAACUCCAGCUGUGUAGAACUGAAAAUGAGACCCCUAUCGUAUUUAUGUAUUUGUUGAUCCUUUAUUUCACUAUUAAGUUCACAUCUGAUGGAGACAGCACACUUAGAAAGAGGCUGAGGUUUCCCAGUGUUGCAAAGAAUUUCAGUUAUGUUCACACGGGAGCAAUUGGAUUUGAUGGAGUGCUGUUGGGCUGCAUUUGAUGUACUUUUUAAGUGUUUCCUGCUAGCCUUGAAUAUUAAAGGGAACCAAGUAACUGAACUUUGUGGGAACUCAGGUACUCCUGCUGUGUCUUCUUGGAACAAAGCUUGAAAUCUUAAAGGAGGCUAGUAACUUGACUUUGCAGGAAGUACAACCCAUAUACAAGCAAUUCUUGUGCUUGGGACACUAUCUGAACUAUGAAGUGUACAGCAACGGAUUGGCAUACUUGUCAAGGAGGUUCAUGGGUUUUGUUGAGGAUAAAGUGGUCUAAAAUUUCUAUUUUGGCGAAUUUUCAUUGGGAAUUAUGAGAUGAUGCAAUGAUGAGUAACUAGGAAGGAUGUGGACAUGCACUCUAUCCAUUGCUUUUAGACUGGAUCAGUUAGCUGAGUCUUGUAGUUUCUCCUUUGUUGUACAUUGAGCAAGUUGGAAACAUGCGUGGGAGUUUAGGGAAAAGACUGUUUUCUGGCUUCUUGAGGUUCAUUUGUUGCAUGAUGGCUGAUGCUCCACCUUAAGGUUCAUUCAGCUGUAUGUUUGUUAUAUAUAGCUGUGAUCAUGAAAAUCUUCACUCUGAUUUGUGGCAAAUUGAUAAGGGAAUGGCCUCUCUAAUAUACUCCAUGAUAGGAACUAAGGAUGAGGAUGUCCUUGGCCUUAUAUUUUACCUAGUUGGCUGCAUAUGUAACAUGGAAUAGUUGGGUCCAUAUGACAAGGGCUUACGAUGUUUGUUGAUUCCUGAGAAGAUCGCUGUUGGAUUUUCCCUGCCGGGGCCAGAUGAUAAAUGGUUUGUAGGUGA